CAGGGCGUGUGUGUGGGGUGCAACUAGAGGACGACCAACUACAUUGGCUCACUGCCGUGCAUUCAGCGGCUACAUCCCACCGGGGCUUCACGCGAAGCGGAGAGAGGGACAACAUUCAGACUAACGUUUUAUUAAUUCGACGACUUGAUAAACAAUCCUCCACCAUGAAGUUAGUGUGGGCUCUCACUGCCCUUCUCUUGAGCUGCUGGCGAGCUAGUGCGUCCACAGCUGGGUUUAUCAAAUCUCCCCUGUCCAAGAUGAAGUUGAUCAGUGACAAUGCAGAUCUGCAUUGUGAGGUGAUAGGGAACCCCAUCCCAGAGGUGCAGUGGUGGUUUGUAGAGGGCGAGGAGCCCAACGAAACCUUCACCCAGCUGUUUGAUGGGGCGCGGGACGGCCGCGUGCAAGUGAACACCACAUACAUAGCACACGCCACUAGCACCAUACGCUUCACUGGCCUCACCCUCAACGACUCAGGCACAUAUGAGUGUCGCGCUUCCAACGACCCUGACCGCAAUGAACUGAAGAAGACGCCAAAAAUCAAGUGGAUCCGCUCGCAGGCAAACAUUAUUGUGAUUAAAAACCCAAACAUCAUUACUGAACCUCGUGAGGUCAUCAACCAAACCUCCGCUGUGCUCAGCUGCAACCUGACUGAUCGCGGGCUUCACGUCAAGGGCUCCUACUGGACGCACGACGGCAAAGUCAUUGAAGACUCCAAGUCCGCUAACCAAUCAUUUACAACCCUAAGUUUGGAUAAGAUCACCCACAAUUCUGGUGGAAAGUAUGAGUGUGUGUUUGAGUCUGAUCCAGAAGUGAAGCAGACCGUGGAAGUCAAGACACCUCUCCACAUUCUUGCCCACAAACACUCUGAGCAUGGCAAUGAGAAUGACAAAGGUGUCAUGGCCUGUGUGGCUCAUGGGUAUCCACUGCCCACUGACUGGGUCUGGUACAAGGUGAAGGACGAUAUGCAAGAGGCAAUCACAAACGGCACUGGUAACAAAUAUGAGAUCAAAAGCACCCCUAACAAGACCUCUCUGACCAUCAACGACCUGAACAUGGAGAUGGACAGCGGGUACUACGUCUGCUCUGGAACCAGUGAACUUGGGACAAGCAAGGAUGAAAUCCAGCUGCGUGUGCGCAGUCGCUUGGCCGCUCUCUGGCCCUUCCUCGGCAUCGUGGUCGAGGUCAUCGUCCUCGUGGCCAUUAUCUUCAUCUACGAGAAGAGGAGAAAGCCCGAUGAGAUCAACGACGAUGAUGACUCAGGAUCUGCUCCUCUGAAGAGCAAUUCUACUACAAACCACAAAGACAAGAAUGUGAGGCAAAGGAAUUCUAACUAGAAGAAGAUGAACGUCCAGAUGACAGUCCCGGCUUCAGCUGUUGUGUGGCACAUUAUACUGUGCACCCUGCAAUUUUAAGUACCUUCAUUGUGCUUGGGUGUUAAUAUUUUAGGAAAACAAACUUUCCUCACAUUUAGAUUUCUUCUAUAUCCUUCUCCACAUUGUGCAGCUGAGAACAUUGUGUGAAAAAUUUCCCGCUCGAGGCCAUGGGGCAAAUAUUGCAUGAGUUUAAAAGCUGUUCUAGCCAAAUGUAUGUUACUUUGUUCUAAAACAAUUACAACGUUCACGUAGGAACGGAGGAACGCUUCGUCUGUGAUUGACUUAACAAUGACGCUUCCUACACUGACCUCGCAGUUGUCGGUCUUUGCUUUUAUGUCGUACAAUCUGAUCCGGUCCCUUGUAAAGCAGCACGGGAUCGGUUUUUGAUCCAGAUCCAGUGCUGCUUGUAAGUUUACACACGCUGGUGGAAUUUCUUUAAUGAAAACAGAGUGAGAACAACAAUGAGUUAAAAACAGAGAAAUCUGUGCAUCGAUGAGACUUCACAGAAUUGUGAUCGUGUGAGGUCCUUUUUCAAUUUUUCAUCUGGUAACCAGCCCAUUCUACUUGGCGAAAAGCCGUCUGGUGCUAUAAAGUCCUAUGUCAUCUGGCAUUAUAUUUUGGAAAGUGUGUCCUAUGUGCAGCCUUUCCAAAAAUAACAGAUUCACCUCCACGCUUCACGCCCCAUGAAUUGGUAUCCAGUGAAAUCAUUAAAUUGGCUUUUCACGUACCGAACCUGUUACUAUCAAGUUACUUUUGAAACCUGUGUGUGCCACCUUGUGUAUUAUCAGGCAUAUAAAAGUCCGUACCACACAAAUGCCAGCAUAUGUAAACUUACAGGUAGAGCUCUACAUCACUGCCAUUCUUCUAGCAAAGACUGUUUGAAAUUGACAUGUUUGACCUGUCCCACGACAAACCUCCCUUAGCAGAGUCGCAUACUUUGCCUUAACAAGCACCAUUUUUCUUUGUGCAUUUUAUUACCUUUUACAAGAGUUAGAUGUAACUCAAAAAAUUAAGUUGUGUGAUUAAGAAAUGCUAGUUUUCUUGUCGUAAGACUUUUGAUCUUUGAGUAGGAAAUAUUAGUUCUUUUAAAUUAUGCUUUUAUUUCUUUGAGGAUAUUUUAAAUUUAAGGUUUAGUCUCCAGUGUUUCGCAGUAAAAAAAAAAAUAAAUAUAUAUAUCAAAAUCUAUAAAGGACCAAGUGCAAGAAAGGAAACGGUUGCAUCCGUUGAGUGCAACUUCAAUACUACGCACUGACGAUUACGACUGCAGAUAAAUGCUAAUGGGCUUUUUCCACUAUGUGUGAUUUGAAACAUACAGUGCUUUGCAAAAAUAUUCACCCUGGUUGGCAUUUUUCAUGUUUUGUUGCUUCACAACCUGGAAUUAAACUGGGUUGUUUGCGGGAUUGUAUCAUGUCAUUUAUUUGUGACACAAAUAACAAAUAGUUGUAUAAAAAUAACAGAAAACUUCAACGUGCAUGCAUAUUCGUGCAUUUUCAGUAACUUAUUUUUUAUGUAUAUUAUUUUUUUUUUCUCAUUUCACUUCACUUCACCAUCUUAAACUAUUCUGUGCAUAUAAAUUUCAUAAAAUUGAGAUUAAGACUAUAAAAUGCAGGUUGUAGUGUAACCGAGUGGGUGGAAAGCUGAGGGGUGAGUACUUUUGCAAGCCGCUAAGUGUGCGAUUGUUGGACCGUCGUCUAUGUUUCCCUGACUGUGUAGAAUGUGAUUCAGAAGCCAUAUGUUCCAUUUAACCUGAAUUAGUGUUGUGAUUGGAUGUUACCAUUUCAGAGUUAACACAAAAUUAAGGAGCUAGCCAGAACUGUGUAAAAUGUUGUACCUCCCGACUACACUGGAUGCCACCACUUGUACAACUUGCACAAACUGAAUAAAGGUGUUGAAAUUAA